GUCAAUACUAGAAUUAUUAUUCUUGCUUCAUGCAUCUGCAGCCAGCCCAGAACAGAAAGAACCCCAGAUAAAAUUGAUUGCUGAGUCAGUACUUAUACAUUGGCCCCACCGGAGGCUUCCUUGCCGAUCUUCUUUCCGCCUUCCUGGAUUUAGUUAUGGCUCAUCCUUCAUCGAAAGCUGUCCCAGAUGGCAGAAGUCAUUGAAGUCAUUGUAAUUUCUCGGUGUAUUUUUGUCUUUGAGUGGAGGUAGCAUUAGAAAGUAGUACUCAAGAGGUGCGCAAAAUCGCAAGAGUUUGCUUGAUGAUUUAUCUUUCUGUCUGUUGUCUGGGCCUGCGAAAUCGGUCCCAGAAUUUGGGGUCACUGUCCAGAGCGGUGGGGCAAGGACAGACCGGAGAAGAACAUGGGCAAGACUCGGAGAACUCGCUUGCUGAGAAAUGAGGGGGUCUCUUGCCCCCCAUUUCUUUCUUUUUCUUGACUCGAGUCGGCUGUUGUCUUCUUCUCUCUAUUCUGCCUCCAGACCAGGUAUGUUUCUUUCCGUGAAUCCAUGAAAAGUUGGUUGCCACUUGAUUCUCUAACUGUUUUCUGGACAGAACACUCCCGCAUAUCUAGUCAUCAUGGCCCCUCAACUGCACCGUAACCCUCCUUUCCGUGCUGAGCACCUCGGCUCUCUCCUCCGGACGGAGGAGCUCCUCAAGACCAAGACUGCCUUCGAGAAGGGCGAGGUCUCUGAGGCUCAGCUCGACGCUAUCGAGAACAAGGAUGUGAAGGAGGUCGCUGAAACCCAGAAGAAGUUGGGCUAUGCCGCCAUCUCCGACGGAGAGUACCGCCGUCACAUGUUCUGGGGUUCUUUCUUCCCUGGACUUGAGGGAUUUGAGGAGGUCCGUGAUGUCGAUGCCGAUGUCUUCCGCCCCUACGCCCCCGAUGUUGCGGCUUUUCUUGAGGCUGGUCACAAGCCUGGUGAGACCGUCAUCUGCACCGGCAAGAUCAAGCACGUCGGCAGCACUUACACCAAGGAGUUCAAGUAUCUGGCUAGCGUUGUCCCUCCUGAGGAGGUCAAGAACCUCAAGAUCACCCUCGCUGCUCCUAACUGGUACCAUUUGCGGUACAAGGAGGGCAAGGCUUACCCCAAGGAUGUGUACAGCUCCGACGAGGAGUACUUCGGUGAUAUCGCCAAGGCAGUUCAGGCUGAGCUGCAGGAGCUGUAUGAUGUUGGCUGCAGAAACGUCCAGUUCGACGACCCCAACCUUGCUUACUUCUGCUCUGAGAAGAUGCUUGCUGGCUGGAAGGAGGACUCUCUGAACGUUCGCUCCGCCGAUGAGACCUUCGAGCAGUACAUCAAGCUGUACAACGACAGCAUUUCCAAGCGCCCUGCCGAUAUGCACAUCGGUGUGCACCUUUGCCGUGGUAACUUUGUUGGCAGCCGUCACUUCUCCGAGGGUGGCUAUGACCGCAUUGCCACCAAGCUCUUCAAGGAACUUAAAGUCGACACCUACUACCUCGAGUAUGACACCCCUCGUGCUGGUGGCUUCGAGCCCCUGAAGGAGCUUCCCACCCACAAGAACGUCAUCCUGGGUGUUGUGACCAGCAAGUUCGCUGCCCUCGAGGAUAAGGAGGAGAUGAAGAAGCGUGUCUAUGACGCUGCCAAGUUCAUCGCUGAGGGCAACAACAUCUCUCUCGAGCAAGCCCUCAACCAGGUCGGUGUCAGCCCCCAGUGUGGCUUUGCCAGUCACCGUGAGGGUAACGCCAUUGACCGCGAUGGCAUGAUCGCCAAGCUGAAGCUUGUGCGUGAGAUUGCCAACGAUAUCUGGCCCGGCCAGCUGUAAAUAUACCCGUCGUGAAUGGCCGCGACAUUAAACUCCUGUCGAUUCAACAACGAAAGGGAGUAUGAAUGAAUGUGACGACUUUAGCGUUUAGGAUACCAGUUAUUUAACAUAUGGAUCAGAUGUAUAGUUUUAGAAAAAUUCACGAUUUUUUUCAC